CAGAGCGUAUUUGGGCGCAUGGAUUGAACGCGCGGCAUAGAAAAUCUGCUCUCUGGUGCUUUCUCUUCAAGUUUAUUCAUCACAAUGAAAACAUGCAGAAAAUAAAAGGGUCCCUGGGAACACAAGCUUUUUGUGUUCCUUUGAUUACAAGCAAACCAUUUCUCCUUCCUGAUCAUGCCAGGCCUGUACAGGUAGUAUGCCUACCCCCAAGGCCUGGUGAAGUGGGAAUGGAUAUGAAUAUACUUGCAAUCAUGCAUAAUGUUACAACUAUUCAUGAAAUAAAAACUGAAAUAGGUUAUAGCAGAGCCUGGAUAAGGUUGGCCCUGGAGCAGAAAGUUCUUGCCUCCCAUCUCUCCGCAAUGCUCAAGGAAAUUUAACCAAAAAUACUUAACAU